AUGACGGCCAUCUUCGGCCAGCGUCACACCUGGGACGAAUCCCCCACGUACAACCACGCCAUCGGCCCUGCCACCCCACCGCUGCCUUACCAUGGCUUUGCGCCCUCGCGCCAUCAUGUCGCCGCCCACCCCGUCAACAUGGCCGGGUACUACGACGACGAGGCCUCCGUCAAUGUGCAACCGUCGCAGAUGAGUGCCGACGGUCAGCCGCGCGGACGAGACUGCUACGCGCCUGAUGACGACACGCCCAACAGGCGACAGAAGCGCCAUCGUUCUUCCCCACGCCCCCAUGAUGCUUGUACGAUUGCUAGGCCGGCACCGGAAGCGCCAUGUGCGGGCCUCCCGCAGACUUCAGCGUUGUUCGCCGCGCAUAAUGACGCGUCCAGCCAACAGCACUUCGAUAUGCUGCCUCCUCAGGACUCGGUACACGCCUCAUGGCAGGCUCUCCACGAAUACGCCCAGUCGCAUGCCUCUCAGCAUGGCUAUGCCCUCAGUAUCAAUACAACGGCCAAGAACCGUUCUCGUAUCAAGCUCGCCUGCGUCUGCUAUGGCCAGCCCAAGAACACGCACAAGUUAACUGCUGAGACGCGGGUCAGAAAAAAUAGAGUCAGCUACAAAACGGGUUGUAAGAUGUGGAUCGAGGGCAAGAAGCUGGAGGAUGGGACGUGGCUGCUGCGUGUUGGCGAGGCGCAACAUAAUCAUCCUGGUCGAGACAGCGCGGGGUGGGCCGUACAACGGAAGAGGACUUGGGGUCUUGUUGGAGGGCGCAUUGGCGUUGGAGGUGUAACAGCAAAAGAGGAACUUGCCAAACGGCGGCUCCCUGGCACAAAGGAUACGCUGGAAGACGUAGACGCAGAAGCCGAGGAAGGAGACGACUACACACAGCCUCCAUCACCAUCCCAAAAACCCGUCACACAUAGUCUCGAACGCGGGGGUCUAGUCUGGAAAAUCGUCGAACAAGAGAUGCUCCGCAAGGGUAAACUGAACCAAGGCCGCGACCGCGGCGUAGGAAGAACCGUUGACGUCCUCCAACGCAGACUCCCCGGUAUCCACAUUCUCAAGCGCGACGUCUACAACAUCCGCGCGCAAAUCAAGCGCGCUCGCAAAGCAGCAGGCCAGCAACUCGGUGAUGGCUAUGACAGUUCAAACGACGAAGCCCAGGAUCCUUUUCUUCCUACUGCUAUUACUCUUCCAGACAACAUCGAUCCUCAAAUAGCGCCCGAGCAAUCCCAUCCACAGCCACAGCCACAGCCACAGCCACAGCCACAGCCACACAUCCAACCACCUCCCACCUUUUCCCCUCCUCCCUCUCAUCCUCAUCCUCUUCCCACUAAACCCGCCUCCCCUGCACGAAAAGAUUCCAGAAUCGACCCCUCCCUCGUUGAUACACCACCUCCACCAUCUUUACCGCCUCCCUCGCCCUCCCCUGAUCCCCCGGCAACAGCAUCACUCCAAGUCCUGCGCUUGCACCGUGAGAAUGCGGAGUUACGCCGCUUACUCGCGGACAAGACCAAGGAAGUGAAAGAGAAAACGAUUGAGAUGGCGGGGCUGAAAAGCCAAGUUGAAUUGCUUAGUAAUCUUAUGUUGACGAGUGGGAGGGGAUUGAUGGGGAAUUGA